CACUACCACCCCCGCCGCCGCCGCCGCCACUAUGUCCACCUCCACAUCCACACCCACACCCACAUCCACAUCCACAUCCACGCCCACCCCACCGCCGCCGCCUCCGCACCCCACCCCCUCGCAGCCGGGCGCCGACCCCGCCAGCUCCAGUGCUCCCACAGAAUACGCGCGAGGGCGCGAGCGCUUCCAAAGCAAGCAGCGAAGCGAGUACUUCGACCCGUGCCAGGCGGCGGCGGAGCGGAGCCUGAAGUGCUUACACCGCAACAAGGGGGACAAGGAGUUUUGCUCGGACUAUUUCCAGGCUUAUAGGGAUUGUAAGAAACGGUGGACUGAGGAGAGGAAGGAGGAGAAGCGGAAGGCUUCUGCUUGGUGGUAGUCGUGGUAGGCCGGGAGGCCGGGGGUUUGCUCCUCAGCGGUAGACCCGGAGGCUGGAGGUUUACUCCCUGGAUUGUAUUCGAAUGAGGUCUGCCUACCUGAAGGCUGAUACUUAUAUCACCGGUACGGUAUCAUGGACACGGGCCUGAAUAAAAUAAUCACCUAAGAAGUA